AUGGCCGGACCAGGACUACAACUAUUUAAAGAGCGUCAGUGUCCUUUCAGCACCACUCCGCUGUCCACCCGCCAAGCAAGCAGUUCAGAACGAAACAACGCGCUGACUGAAAAAGUUUACCAAGUACUGAGCAGCAAGUUUGCAAAGAUGCCGAGGUCCUUUCUUGUGGAUUCCUUGAUUUUGAGGGAGGCAAAUGAUAAAGGGAGGGAAAACAAUCCACCUUUAUUUCCUUACGCUAUGCACCCGUCUCACCCACUCCAUGGGCUGUCCGCAGGCUCUUGCCACUCACGGAAGGCUGGCUUGCUAUGUUUCUGUCCGCUAUGCGUAUCCCAGCUCCACCCAUCCCCACCGACCUUGCCACUCCUCAAGGCAUCCUUCCCUACCUUCGGCUCCCAGUACUGCCAUUCUGCACUAUCGAGGCACCACACGUCCUCCACCGGCGUCAACCUCAACCACGGUCCGGGGAUAUAUCAAGCAACCUAUUCGGUUCCAGACCCACGACAGUUCCACUGCAUCUCCAUCGAAAACAACAACAGCCAACUUCAGAGCAGCAAGCGCAUGCGCACAGCGUUUACCAGCACGCAACUUUUGGAGUUGGAGAGAGAGUUCACUUCCAACAUGUAUCUCUCCAGACUUCGGCGCAUUGAGAUCGCCACAUAUCUAAACCUGUCAGAGAAGCAGGUCAAGAUCUGGUUCCAGAACCGCAGAGUCAAACACAAGAAGGAGGGGAAGAGCGGCGCGCACAGAUCCGGUUCCCACAGUUGCAAGUGCUCGUCCCUGUCAUCUGCACGGUGCUCCGAGGAGGAAGAGGACAUGCCCAUGUCUCCCUCCUCAUCAGGGAAAGAGGAUGAUGGAGACCUGUCCGUCUCUCCCUGAACUUCCCCUGAUCUUCCCCGAUCCUCAACAGAGACAAUUCCAUAGCACCUGUGGAAUUCUGAAUGCAGCCAAAAAGUCGACUGUUCUUAUCGUGUUCAGUCACCUGUACAUA